AUGGGGCUUGCCGAUGGGCUACAGCGGCUCUGCCGCUUCGGCAAGCGGAGUGGGGGUGACGAGCGGCGAAUCGUCCGCCCUGGCUUUCCGUCUAGUGAAUAUUGCAACAACGAAGUGAAGAGCUCGAAGUACACAGUUGUUUCAUUUCUCCCAUUUAACCUGUUCGAGCAGUUCCACCGGCCAAUCAAUUUGUAUUUUUUGCUCGUUACGGCGCUUCAGUUCGUGCCGUCAGUGUCCCCGGUGAGCCCACUCACCACCCUCGUCCCGUUGGGAAUUGCAUUUCUCAUAACCGCUGUCAAGGAGGGCGUUGACGAUUGGCGUCGGCAUCGGCUUGACAACGCAUGCAAUGCUAAGCAGUGCCACAUCAUUAAUAUUGACACAAUGGGUGUUGAAUGCAUAAGGUGCAGCGAUAUACAAGUUGGUGACAUGCUGCUUUUGCUUCCCAUGGAGGUGGUCCCGUGUGAUGUUGUCCUUUUGCUCUCCUCCGGUGAAAAUGGUGAAGUCAUGAUCUCAACAGAGGCACUGGACGGUGAGGCGGUGUGUAAAAGACGUUAUGCUAUUUUGGGCGACAUGUAUGCACAACGUCCGACACUCAGUACAAUAACUACAGAUUCCUUGCAGGACGAGGAGGCGAGCAUACGCGCUGCGGCAGAAUUCAUAAAGGAGGCAGCAUGUAUCAUCGAUUCCGAAGGUCCAAAGCCAUUCUUGAACAGCUACAGUGGGGUGGCAAAAGUAUUAGUGCCUCAUGAUAAUGAGGCGGACGAGGCAGAGGAGACCCUUCUUGGUAUCAGUGCCGAGAACGUCGCUCUCAGUUCAAGUAUUGUAAAUAAUACUCGCUUUGCUCUUGGUGUUGCCGUUCUGACAGGCAACGAAACGAGGGUGGCCAUGACACGUGCCGCUCCACCAACAAAGUGGUCAAUAAUUGAUCGGUACUAUAACAGAAUGGUAAUUGUCGUGUUCAUUGUGCAGUUUAUUUUGGUCACGGUGUACGUAAGUCUGUCAGACACGGAAUUACAUGAGGACCAGGGGAAAUUGUGGUAUCUCGGCAAUUACGAUGUCACUAUGACAGAGUACCUCGUUAUACUUCCACUCCGUUUUUUCUCACUGGUUUCGCCGAUGGUUCCGCUUUCGUUUAAGGUGAUGCUCGACGCAUCCAAGGCGUACAUCAGUGAGCUCAUCACGUGGGACGGGGAGAUGUCAGGUGAGUACGGCACGACGGAAGUUCACAACUCCUCCCUUAUGGAGGACCUUGGGCAAGUGGAGUAUUUGAUGACGGACAAGACAGGGACACUUACAUGUAAUGCCAUGACUCUCAAACGCAUUGUAACUGCCAAAGGUACGGUCCUUACUCCUUCCGCUCCACGUGAGGUGGCAAACACAAGGCUAGCUCUACUCAGAGAUGAGUCUCUUCUGCAAUUGCUGCGUGUGAUGGUUUACUGUAACACUGUCGAGAGCACUGCUCGCAUGACGGCGAAUGGGGCGCAACCCUCGUCCUCGUCCUCAUCGGUAGGAGCAGCAGCAUCAUCGAGGGUGGCCCCUACCUCUGCUUGGGUGUCGCCCUCACCAGAUGAAGUGGCGCUUGUUGAAGGUGCCGCUCUGUUGGGCAUCAAAUUACUGGAGCGAACGAGAAAGCGGGUAUUUGUGGCAUUUGGUAGUAAGGUCGAGUCAGCGACGAUACUGCAUGUGCUCUCGUUCACAUCUGAGCGCCGUCGUGUGAGUGUACUACUUCAGAUUGAUGAUGAUCCACGAUAUCUCCUACUGACGAAAGGUUCAGACGAAAGUGUAUUGCCGCGUUGCAUCGAAAGCUCAUACAACAAACGGAUUACGUCGAAUAAGCUGAACCGUCUGAGCCACGAGGGACUCCGCACACUUGUAAGCGCAUAUCGUUACCUUGCGGAUGAUGAGGCGCAGACAUGGCUGGUGGAUAUACGCAAAGCAGGGGCGGUGGCAUCCGCUGAUGUGCGUACGCUUGCAGUUGCCGAAGUGUGCGAGCGUGUUGAAAAGGAUCUUGUAUUCUGUGGCAUCACCGCUGUAGAGGACAAGCUGCAGGAAAAUGUAUGCAGCACGAUUUCACAAAUGAGGGCAGCCGGCAUACGGGUGUGGAUGCUGACAGGAGAUAAGAGCCAAGCGGCGAGGCAGACAGCCAUCGCCAGCGGCCUUGUGGGUCCCGAUGACAGAAUGAUCGCUUUGACACCCAACGAAGUAGAGUCCACGUCAGUGCGGGAGCACUUGAAUUACGUUGAACGGUACGUUAAAUACGCGUUGGGUCGAAAACAAUUUGAGGAGGCUGAACAGCGGCAUAAAUCGUUCUCCUCGUUCUACGUGCGCUCAGGUCUGCGAGACGUGGUCUGUGAGUUCACAAACCCAACAGCAACGACAUCUCGGGUGUGCCACACGAUGAUCUCCAGCGCACCUCACGGCCUUCCAGAUGUACUCCACAACAAUACUUCAGAGCAUGAAACGGAAGUUUUAAUGAAUGACGACAAUGCGGUGAAAGAGAACAGAGGCUACGUCCUUCAAUUAUCUGGGAAAACCAUUGAGCUCAUGAAGGAGUGCGGAAACGAGCAACUCUUUCUUGACUUCAAACGGGUGGUGCUGCAUGCCUCAACAGUUGUAUGCAGCCGCAUGACGCCAGAUCAAAAGUCCUUUCUGGUGCAGGUUGUGAAGAACGCAGGUCAUGUGACGUUAGCCAUUGGUGAUGGGGGAAACGAUGUGUCAAUGAUUCAGUGUGCUCACGUCGGGGUUGGUAUCAGAGGAAGAGAAGGUACGCAGGCAGCGGUUGCUUCAGACGUCUCCAUAUCGCGGUUCCAUUUCUUGUCCAGACUUUUACUUUUUCAUGGACACACGGCAUACCAACGUUCUUCUAUAAUUGUGCAGCAAAACUUUUGGAAAACUGUGGCUUUGGCGUGGAUACAGCUACUGUUCAAUAUCUAUACCGGGUUUUCUGGCGUCUCCUUCUGGGAUUCUUUUUCACUGAUGAUGUAUAACUCACUUUUUACAGCACCAGUGACAUUUCUUUGUGUAAUGAACAUGCCGCUGUCACCAUCAAUACUUCUGAGCAAUCCACCGCUCUACAGACUUUGUCAGAAGGGCAGGUACUUGAACGCUAUAACAUUUUAUGGCUACAUUCUGCGAGGUUUUCUGCACGGUACUAUGAUUUUUUACCUUGCAUAUGGUUUUUGGAACGGUACGAGUGGUGGAGUAAUGCGGUGGGGCCACACAAUGGAUCGUACCUGUGACUACUAUGCAUGCUGCUUUGCGUUGGUGACACUCCAUUCGAGCAUUAUUCUCCUGGAGACACACUCUAUCACCUUAUUUCACUGGGCUGCAUUGUUGUGGUCAGUGGCUGCAAUGUUUAUACUGUACACAUUAUACGCCUUGGGGUCAAAAAAUCACUCCUUUCUGGAGCUUCUAAGGAAUGGGGUGUUCUACCUUCAGUGGAUUCUAGGCGUUGCGGCGCCGCUCUUGACACUUUCAAUUUACGCGGCGGUGAAGCUAUUUUUCUUCCCAGACCUUUUACAGUUCCAGCGGUUGAUUGUGCGUGCUGUGUCGAGGAACCAAAAUGUAGGCCCACUUUGGCCGAUUUUGGAGGACAGUCCCUCGGGGUUUUGGGGGUCUUUCUCGCUUUUUCACCUAUUCCAUGACGAGACUAGGCGGUCUCACCCCUCAUCAGUGGCAGGCGCGCUGAGUCUUGUGGAGGUGCAGUCGCUGAAUGGUGAGACGCAAGAGGCAAGCAGUUCGAUGACUGCGACAACAGCGAUGGAGCCGAGUCGGCAUUCGUCAGUGCUCUCCGAGCCGUUCCUCAGGAAAGUGUAA